GUCUUAAGGUUGACAGCCAGAGCAGAUCUCUGUUGGUUUUUAUUCCUAGCUUUCUCUGGACAUCCACUGAGUAAAGAUGCAGAACGGCACAGAAGGACAUAACUUCUACAUUCCCAUGUCCAACAGGACUGGGGUUGUAAGGAGUCCUUAUCUAUACCCUCAGUAUUACCUGGCACCUAAAUGGCAAUUCUAUGGUCUUGCUUUCUACAUGUUCAUUCUGAUCUGCAUUGGAUUCCCCAUCAACGGUCUGACCCUCUAUGUCACAGCCACAAACAAGAGGCUCCGACAACCACUCAACUUCAUCCUAGUCAACUUGGCCGCGGCUGGAAUGAUCAUGGUCCUCUUUGGCUUCACCAUCACCAUCACAUCAGCUCUAUAUGGCUACUUCGUUUUUGGGCCUUUAGGCUGUGCUAUUGAGGGCUUCAUGGCUACACUUGGGGGUGAGGUUGCCCUGUGGUCUCUGGUUGUGUUGGCUAUUGAGAGAUACAUUGUGGUCUGUAAGCCCAUGGGCAGCUUCACCUUCACUGCCACCCACGCUGGUGCUGGUGUUGCAUUCACUUGGAUUGCUGCUUUUGCUUGUGCUGGUCCUCCACUGUUUGGCUGGUCCAGGUACAUCCCAGAGGGUAUGCAGUGUUCAUGUGGACCAGACUAUUACACCUUGGCUGAAGGCUACAACAAUGAAUCCUAUGUGAUCUAUAUGUUUGUCUGCCACUUCAUCAUCCCAGUCUGUUUGAUCGGUUUCACCUAUGGAAGCCUUGUCCUCACUGUCAAGGCGGCUGCAGCUUCCCAGCAGGACUCAGAAUCUACCCAGAAAGCAGAGAGGGAAGUCACUCGUAUGUGUGUUCUUAUGGUUGGUGGUUUCCUGAUCGCCUGGACCCCCUAUGCCAGCCUUGCUGCUUAUAUCUUCUUCAACAAAGGAAUUGCCUUCACUGCCCAGUCCAUGGCUGUCCCUGCCUUCUUUUCCAAGAGCUCAGCUUUGUUCAACCCCUUUAUCUAUGUGGUUAUGAAUAAGCAGUUCCGUGGAUGCAUGCUGUCCGCUGUUGGGAUAAAGGGAGCUGAAGAUGAGACUUCUGUAUCAGCGAGCAAAACAGAAGUGUCUUCUGUGGGUCCUGCAUGAAGACUUUACCUUGAUACUGCACUUUCUGCUGUCAAAUUUGUACCCUUGACUGAUGCUAAACAUGGACUGUUUUUGAAAACAGUAACAUUUCUUGGAGGCUGUAACAAAAAAAAAGCAGUAUACAGUCAAUCAAUCCUAAUCCAAUUUUUUGUUUUUUUUGCUCUCAACUUUGCAACUCUCAGAUUAGAGCUGUACUUAAUAAUGGUGACAACUAAUAGCUGAGUAAUAAUACAGAAUCCAGCUUCCACAGUUUACAAGGAACGGGGCAAGAAGCAGACCAUCUCUUUACAAAUCCUGCGUCACUCUGGACUCACUCAAUGUAGUUAAGAACAGACUUGCUCAAAAAAAAGAAUAAAAAAAUUAGAAUAGACUUGAGAUGUUAUACGGGUUCAAAUUAAACAAGAGUGUGGCCUGUCAUAGGUGAUAACAAAUGAUUGUAUACAUACAUACAUUUCUUGAAGGAUCAUGAGAUUGUAUUUUUUUAGUAUUUAAUAAAUGCAUGCAUGAAAAUA